AUGGGUUUGGAACGUGGCAUGCAAGCUGUGGUGACAGCUGUGGUGUUCAAUGCAUUGGCAUUCCUUUUCAUUGCUAUCCGUUGCGUCUCUCGGUUCUGCCUUAUCAAACAAGCUGGCCCAGAAGAUUACCUGAUCAUCUUCGCUUUGAUCACUUCGUUCGGUCUGACUGCUAUCAUUGUAUUGCAGAAAAAUCAUGGACUGGGCCGACACUCAGACACUGUCAGUGUUGCAGACAAUGAGACGUUGUCCAAGCUGCUGUAUGUCAGUGUUAUCAUUUACAACCUGGGUCUCUUUAUGGUCAAGGACUCGAUCCUCUAUCAAUACCUCCGGUUUUUCGUCCAGAGACGGUAUCGCUAUGCGGCAUGGGCUCUCAUCAUCUUCAUCGGAGUCGUGGGCUUGAUCAUGAUUCUCACUUCUGCGUUCUCGUGCUGGCCCAUUGAGUACUAUUGGGACAAGACUGUCGAGGGCGGCCACUGCGUCAACAUGCUUGCUUUCUGGUUUAGCUUCUCCGCAUUCAACAUCCUUACAGAUCUGGCCGUUUGGGCUCUUCCAAUGCCUGUGCUGAAGAGCUUGCAACUUCCGAGGAAGCAAAAAAUGAGCUUGAUAGCGGUAUUUGCGCUGGGUGGUUUUGGUUGUAUCACCUCAAUCCUUCGACUGCAUGCCCUCUAUAUCACCAGCAUAUCGACCGAUAUCACCUAUGAUAACGUCGAUGCCGUGACCUGGUCCGCUGCCGAAUUGAAUGUGGGCAUCAUGUGCGCAAGUAUUCCCGCCAUACGCCCUGUCAUCGGCCUCAUUUUCCCAAGGCUCCUCUCAAGUACUCGGCGCGACUAUACUUCGGACCCCUAUCCUCGCAGUGCAGCGUAUCAUCGACAUGAUAGCGUCGUGGAGCUGUCCACAGUCAACAAAAUGCGUAGUGGUGCAAGUCAGGAAGAGACGAUAAGUCUGGGGUCCUCAAACGCGACGAAUGCCAUUCAUGUCAAGCAGGAAUGGUCUGUGACGCAGCGAGAAGAGGUUUGA